AUGGUGGCCCUCACACCCGAAUUGGACAAUCAGCUCCAGGAACUCGCCGUGCUACUCACGAAGCUUCCCCUACCUCUCGCAGACCCAGAGCAGCCGGCAUAUAACUUCUGCGCAUGGCGGGUCAAUGAGGAGAAGUGCGAGACAUACGGUUCCGCAAUCUGUGUUCUGAAUCAAGAGCUCGAAGCUACAUUUGCCCCGACUGGGCGCCUCAAUCGCGAAUGCCCCUUCAAGCUCACCGAGCGCGGUUCAGGACUUUAUGCCAUCGUUGAUGCAUUUCGCACCGCACUCAGUGCCGAAUCCGAUGAACGUCCGCAAACAGAAGUGCUGGUAAAAUGGGUCGAGGAUUUCCUCGUCGUCGCGAGAUGGUAUAUGGCAAAUGCUCCGCCAGAGGAGGAGGAGGAGUCAGGUUCUGAGUAUGACAAUGAGGAGGAAGGCGAGCUGGUUGGGGAUUCUGAUGUUGAAGAGGAGGGAGAUGACGACGACGACGAAGAUAUUUCAGAAGAAGAUGAGGAGGCGCCACAGCCGAAGCGCCGCAGGACAGGAAAGUCUACGCAGCAGACGAUCGAGAAGACGUCCACGAAGCAGAAGCAGUCCCGUUCGCGUGCUCGCAAGAAGAAGGAGCCACUUCAGAAUGUCUCUGUUUGGGACGACUACGAAGCGGCGUCCGAGAAUGAGGUUGCAAAGACUGUUCAAGGGAAACGCAAAGGGCGUAAGCCCAACCUCUUACUCUUCGAGUUGGCGCUACCAUGCCGGCCGAAGAUUAAAGAUCCGAAGAAACCGCUCAAGAAGAUCCUGCGUUGCGUCGGAAUGAAGCCGGAUGAGCACGGAGCGGGAUGCGAUCAUACGUAUGCGUGGGGCGGUGGGAAGUCGGGGCGACAGCGCAAUCGUAUCUUGAAGCAUGCCCACGUCUGUCCCUAUGUACCUGCUCAUCUCCGGGAACGAGCAACCAAGGCUCUCGGCGGUAAAGCCAUAUCACAGCAGGUCAAAGAGGAUGCGCAAGUGGUUCAGGACAUGGCGGCGGGAAAGAAGUCAUCCCAAACAUCGAUCGAACCUCACUCACGGGCGGCGAAGGCGAAGCUAUACAACUCUACACUCACCCUCGACAUCCUCAAGCUCAUUACUGUCCAGUCCCUUCCAUUCAUUCUCUGCGACACCGAGGAGUGGAAGACAUUCGUCGGAGAUGCUACUCAUCAGCAGUUCACGCCACCAUCCUCGAAUCAAGUUCGCGAGACGCUCGUACCAUCUGAGGCCGCUCACGUCACGCUCAAGAAUAUCGAGAAGCUCCAGAAGAUCAAGAACCUGACGCUCACGUUCGACGGUGCGACUUCCAACCGUCAAGACUCGAUCUACACAGUACAUGUCAUGACACCGAGCCGGAGGGUUUAUCUCAUGAAGGGCCAUUCAACUUCGGCGGAGUCACAUACUGGCGAGCAUCUUGCAGAGAUGCUGGUCGAGCUUAUCAGGUCAAUCGGGCCCCAGAAUUUCUCCGCAAUUACAUCUGACGACACGGGCAACACGCGUGUUGCGCGCAAGCGCGUUCAAGAGGAGUUUCCGUGGAUUCUCAGCUUGCCCGACUGCUGCCACCGCCUACAUAACACCAGCAAGGAUAUUGGGAAGCUUCCUGCGUUUAGAAAGACCAUCUCAACGUCGAAGCGCGUUGUUGCCUUCUUCUCGAAGUCAACGUUCGCCAAGACGGCGUUCAAGCGCACGCAGAAGCGCCACAAGAUCAGGCGCGGUUUUGUUAAAUCGAGCAAAACUCGCUUUGCUGGUAUCGCGCAUACGGUUGACUCGGUAAAGCGCUGCAUGCCUGCUGUCCAAGAGCUUGUCGGAGGUGGAGUCGUUACCAUUCCGGAUGUCAAUCAGUAUUUCGUCCCGAACCUACGCGCGAGUGGGACCUUCAUGGCCGACAUGACAGUCCUACUCGCCAUUCUCAUGCCGAUUGCUUGGGCCAUCACCGCUCUUGAAUCGACGCAUGCGACCGUGGCGGACGUAUUCUUGUUCUUUCUGGCGAUUAUGGCGAAGUUCGACGAGUUCCUUGUGUCGCCUGCGUCUGCAGAGCUUGCGGAUACUGUGAAGGAACGCAUUCGCCAGAUAUUGAACUAUCGGUGGAACCAGAUGAUUGUCGAUCCCGGGACCAAUGGCCCAGAGGACACGGUCAGUGUUUAUGUCGUCGGAUUCAUGUUGCAUCCAGGCUAUCGAGACAAUUUGCCCGACGUCAACCUUACGGCUGUCAAUCCGCUCUCGAAUGACGAUGAUUCGGUCACGGUCUCAACUCGCCGGCGUGCCGCCUCAUCACGCACAUCUUCGAAUGAACUGCCUGACCUUCAACGCCGAGUCGGACAGUUCCUUGCGAAUCAACUGCGCCUCGAGUACGAGACCAAGAAGAUCAAGGUUGACGACCUUGAGGACUACGAGGCCAUCGCUGAACUACAGGCACAAUAUCGUGCAUACCUCCGAAACGAGCAACCUUUCGUGCGACGUCUCAAGAAAGAUGAAACACCAUACGAUUUUUGGAGGAGCUUGCGCCCUGGACAUAACUCUCGUGUCCUUGCGUACUUCGCCAUGAAGCUAUUCGCGAUCUCGCCUAAUUCAAUGGCAGACGAACGCGCGGGUUCUGUCAUGACGCGUCUCGGGACUGCUCUUCGCCACAAUCUAAAGGCCGAGUCCAUCGUAGCUCUCGUGCAGCUCCGCGAAGAGUUCAUGCGCCAGCGCGAGCAGGAUAAGCCGGCCGUCAAGCUCCCGACGGUCAAGUUCCAUCAGUUAGAUAGUGUUCUGAGACGUGCACGCUCCGCCAACGGCAUAGAGACUGCUAGCUCGCAGAGCGAUACGGACAGCGACUCGGACGACGACGCAGAGGAUGAGUGGGCAGACCGUGAAGAUGGCGACACCCCUGAAACUUCUGCACAGAGCGGCGACGAGUCUGACGUGCUCACCGAUGAGCGGCUUCUUCUCGAGGACGGAGAGACUCUCACUGCGGCGAGCUGGGUCAAGGGCGGUAAUCUCAAAGUUCCCGCUAUCUUAGAUUACUUGUCCUCGCAGCCACUUGCGGUGUCCGCCCCACCCACUGCGACGCGCGCGCGAGGAGCAGUGGCCACGGCGCCAUCCGGACCACCGCCGAAGGUCGUCUGGUCGAUCUAG